AUGACCUCUGGACUGUAUCCAGGACCUCUGCUGAUGCUGCUCUGUCUCCUCCACGUCUCUGAAGAGACCUGCCCCUCCAUUUGCCUUUGUAUAUCUGACACAGUGAGCUGUAGCUCCAGUGGUCUGGCCAAGCUCCCUCUGUCCCUGCCCUCUUUCUCCGUCACCCUCGACCUCAGCCACAACCAUCUGUCCUGGCUGGGUCCAGGCAGCUUCAACAAAAUGCCCCGACUGGAAAACCUCCGAAUGGCCCACAAUCAGCUCAGUGUCCUGGGCCAUGGGGUGUUUCACAAUGCCUCUGGCCUCAGGCACAUUGAUCUAUCCUCUAACAAGCUGCAUGUGGUGGAGCAGCACUACUUCCAGGGGCUGUGGAGGCUGGAGGAGCUCCUGCUCUUCAACAAUAAAAUCACUCAAGUGGAGGCCAGUACACUCAUUGGUCUGAGCAGCUUAAAAAAGGUCUACUUCAGCUUAAACCAGCUCACACACUUCCCGUUCUUCUCCAUCCAAGACCAUAGUCAUCCAUUCCUGACCAUGCUGGACCUCUCGUCCAAUCGAAUGAGCCGUUUGCCCUGGGAGGAUGUCAAAGCUUUGCCAGGGCUGGUGCAGCGGGGGCUUUAUCUCCACAACAACUCUCUGAUCUGUGACUGCUCUAUGUACAGUGUGUUCUGGCAUUGGGAUCUGAGGGGUUAUGACUCCCUGAGGGACUUCACAGAUGAGCACACCUGCUCUAUCUACGGGGACCAACGAGCAUCUAUCAGGUUCCUGCAACAAAACCGCUUCUUCCACAACUGCACUAUGGAAAAGGCCGUCUCGCAGCCUGUGACUGUGCUCCUCUCCCAUGUGUUGGUUUCAGAUGGAGACAGCGUGCAUCUAGACUGCCAAACAUCCCUGAGUAGAGAUAGUACAAACCUCUCAUUUACAUGGCUCUCCCCCACCAAGGGGUACAUCACCCAGACUAGCAUAAAUGACACGCUAAUUAGCCUUUUUCCUAAUGGCACCUUGGAGAUCCAAGCAGCCAAGGUCAAUGACUCAGGGCUGUACGUGUGCACAGCUGUGGAUAUUAAACAGGAACUGAAUGCUACUCGUGAGGUGAAUGUUACGGUGCGGCUGCCUGCGGGAGAGACAUUCAACACUGGCUACACGACACUGCUGGGCUGUGUGGUGACCAUGGUCUUCAUCCUCAUAUACCUUUACCUGACUCCAUGUCGCUGCAGCUGCUGUAAACAGCCCAAACCUCCAGUAAUCCCAAUCGCAUCCUAUGACCCCAGCACCCUAACGUCUGUUUUCUCCCACUCCACAGGAGACCAUUCCAAAAUCCAAACUAAUAAGCAUGUAGCGUUCAUGGAGCCUAUGCUGGUGAAGAAGGAACAGAAUGGACACCUGAGAGCUGAUUCUGAAUAGGGUAGUUUUUCUUGCCGUUUAACUUUUGGAGGAGGAGAGAGAAGACUUUGGGACAAUACUCAGGAAUUAGUGUUGAGAUGCUAUAAGAAUUGAAUGUUAAUGCAGUAAAGAAAAAAAAAGCAAUAUCUCCUGUUCCACUUCUGCUCCUGUCUGUCAUCAAGCUCGGAAGACGAAAUGAAACUUUCAACUUUGCUUUAUUACCCUCAUUGUACUGACACCGCUAAAUCAGAGGAGAGCCA